GUCAUCUGUUAAAUAAAAAUUUUGUUGAUUUUUAUUUAAUAUUAGAUUUCAGCAGAUUUUAGUUAAUUUAUGUUCACUGUAAUUUAAUCAAAGAGAAAGAAUUUGCAAUGAAGCAGCCCGUGGAACCAAGCAAAGAAGAUUGUUGUAAUAGCGGUUGCAAUCCUUGUAUAUUUGAUGUUUAUGAAAAACAAUUACGAAAAUAUGAAAUCUUUUUAACACAUAAUGAAUUACCUGUAACAACUGAAAAUGGGAUACUGCAAUUAGAAUAUACAAAAUUUUUUGUUCAUAAUAUUUAUUUAAUAUGUGAUUCACAUAAAUUAAUAACAUUUAAAAAGUUAAGGCAGGAAAAAGAUAAACAUCUAGUACAGUGGAAUCCUGGUGAUCAUUUUUUAGUUAAAUAUUUCUCUGAUAAUACAGUAUGUACUCGUGCUUACACACCCAUAAAAUUAAAAGAGAGUAAAGAUAGUUUUGAUUUUUCUAUUAUUGUAAAACUAUAUAAUUCUGGGUUAGUUUCAAAAUAUCUUUACAACUUACAAAAGGGAGAUGAAACAUUAUGGCGUGGGCCAUACGGUUCAUAUGAAAAAAUCACUAAUAAAUAUAAAAGACUUAUUAUGUUAGCUCAGGGUACAGGAAUAGCACCAUUUAUUUCGAUAAUAGACAGUAUCUUGAGCGAUGAAGAAGAUAUGACUAGGAUGUUCCUUGUUUAUUGUUGUUCUUCUAUAGAUGUGAUAUUGUUUAGGAAUGAGUUGUAUAAUUUUAAAUCUUUUUGGAACUUUACAUAUAAAGUUUUUCUUAGUUCUCCUUCUGACCACAAAAAUACUAAAUAUCAAGAACCAAUAAAUAAUUUUAAAUUAAAAUGUGAGGAUUUGGUAACUUUAAAGCCUUUUACAUGCAAUGAUCAAGUAUUGUUAUGUGGUUGUUCUGAUUUUAUGGAGGAAUACAAAGGAUUUUUCAAAAGUGAGGGAUUAUUAUUAGAUAACAUUUUUUUAUUCUGAGAAGAUUGUAUGAUUUGAAAUGUUAGUAAUUCUAAAAAAAAAAUUGUUCUUAAUUUCAAUAAAAAAUUAAUUUUAAUAUAAUGAUAUAUUCAUUGCUCAAUAUA